GUAAAUCAGCUGUCCAAAUUAGUUUUAGUAGAGGGCAGCACGGCAUCACGUGAAUUUUCAUGGCGGUGUUGUAGGGCUAGCCCCGUAUCGUCUUGUGAUUUCACCAAAAAUUUGCUGUUUCGAAUAUUUAUUGUUAAACAGCACUUAAUUUAUAACACCGGUGAUCAAGAUGAGUGAAUACUGGUUAAUUAGUGCCCCUGGCGACAAAACCUGCCAACAAACAUGGGAUACUUUGAAUAAUGCCACCAAAUCUGGCAGCCUCAGUGUGAACUACAAAUUCCCUAUACCCGACCUCAAGGUGGGUACAUUGGAUCAACUCGUUGGUUUGUCGGAUGAUCUCGGCAAACUUGAUACUUUUGUUGAGGGUGUUACAAGGAAGGUGGCGCAAUAUCUCGGAGAGGUACUUGAAGAUCAACGCGACAAACUUCACGAGAAUCUGACGGCAAACAAUAGCGACCUGCCCACUUAUUUGACACGUUUUCAAUGGGAUAUGGCCAAGUACCCCAUAAAGCAAAGUCUGCGCAACAUCGCCGACAUUAUCAGUAAACAGGUAGGACAAAUCGACGCUGAUUUGAAGAUGAAGUCAGCCGCGUACAACUCGCUAAAGGGCAACUUGCAGAGCUUGGAGAAGAAACAGACCGGCAGCCUGUUGACCCGUAACCUGGCUGACCUCGUCAAGAGGGAACACUUCAUCCUAGACAGCGAAUAUCUGACCACUCUCCUCGUCAUUGUCCCCAAGGCGAUGUUUAACGACUGGAACGCUAACUAUGAGAAGAUAACCGACAUGAUAGUGCCGCGCUCCACCCAGCUCGUGCAUCAAGACAACGACUACGGCCUCUUCACCGUGACUCUGUUCCGUAAGGUCGUCGACGAGUUCAAGCUGCACGCUCGCGAGCGCAAGUUCAUCGUGCGCGAGUUCUCAUACAACGAGGCGGACCUCGCCGCCGGCAAGAACGAGAUCACCAGGCUCGUCACCGACAAGAAGAAGCAGUUCGGCCCGCUGGUGAGAUGGUUGAAAGUGAACUUCUCUGAAUGUUUCUGUGCCUGGAUCCACGUGAAGGCUCUCCGGGUGUUCGUGGAGUCCGUUCUGAGAUACGGCCUGCCGGUGAACUUCCUAGCGGUGGUGAUGGUCCCAGCCCGCAAGAGUAUGAAGAAGCUGCGCGACGUCCUGCAGCACCUGUACGCGCACCUCGACCACUCCGCACAACAGCACGGACACGCUGCACAGGAUAAUGCUGAGUUGGCUGGUCUAGGCUUUGGUCAAUCGGAUUACUUCCCGUAUGUUUUCUACAAAAUCAACAUUGACAUGGUCGAGAAAGCUUAGACGGGUGCCAUACUGUGUAUAGGUAUGGUCACCAGAUGGAAAUGCUGUUCUAAGUGCUAGCUGAAACCAUAGUUGAAAGAUUGUAUAAUUUUAUUUCUGAUUGUUCUUUCCAUAUACAUCGACCCUUAUCCUCCAAUGUACAUACGAUUGAUUUUCAUCAUGAGAUGCUAUUUAUGUAUUCAAAUUAUAAAGAUAUGAAUAUUUACGCCGUCACAGGAACUCUACGAGCUGCGCUCACUCCAUUCGAUGGAUAUAUAUAUUUUAAACGCAACAAUUUUUAUUUCAGUAUUAAAGUUGCGCCAUAGACAUAGAGUAGUCACUGUUUGCGAUUGUAAAGAAAAUAUAUAUAUAUAUAUAAAAAUGAUAUCAGAGUUACGCAAAAGCUUUGUAAAUAUAAACAUUCCUCAUAACUUGUGUAGUACAUAAUAAAUAUUAUUAAAGUUACUGUU